CUCUCUCUCUAUAUAUAUACACACACACCCCUGCCCAAUACUUGUCCUACCAAGAGAAUUAAGUCAGAUAGGAAGGUUGGAGGUUGUUGGAACAAAUGAACGAUUCCAUCACUGAGUCAAACAACUCGUUAUUGCCGAGUCUCAAGGAAGUGGAGACAAUCAUUGGAUACAAGUUCAAAAACAAAGACUUACUAAACGAAGCCUUUACUCACAACUCUUUUAAAGACGAGGAAUCUCAAAUAUCUUACGAGCGGCUUGAGUACCUUGGAGACUCGGUUUUGAAUCUUAUGUUCGCCAAAGAACAUUACUUUUCUUACCCGAAAAUGAACUCUGGUGAGUUGACUCGGUUGCGCGCAGCCAAUGUCGACACCGAAGCCUUGGCUCGUGUUGCAUUAAAACACGGCUUACAUAGGUUUCUCAAACACGAUGAUCCUUCAUUAAAAGAACGGGUACAAGAACUUAUGGAAGGAAUCAAAGAAUACCCGAUGCAUUCUCAUGGUUUGAUUAACUCUCCUAAAAUACUCGCUGACAUUGUCGAAGCUGUAGUUGGGGCGGUCUAUGUCGAUACUGAUUUAUCGAUGGACGAGACAUGGGAGGUUGUGAAGAAUCUGUUGCAACCUUUGACGACACCGGAAAACCUUAGUUUGAACCCGGUGAUGAAGUUGAAUGAAACGUGCCAAAAGAUGGGGAUCACGCUAGAAUACAAAAGCUUGUGGAUUGAAACAGGAGAUAUCGAAAUAUAUAAAGAUAAUGAGUUAAUUGGCAAAGGAAACUACAAGAAAAAGAAAAUGACUGCGAAGAACAAAGCAGCCGCCGAUGCUUACGAGAAUCUUGUCAAGUUGUUGGAUAUUUGAGAAAGGGUACUACUAAACGCUAAACGUAGCCUCUCUUUAAACACUUGGUGGGUCAUUUCUCGAUAAAAAAAAAGUAAUUUCUUUCUCACGUAAAAGUACGCAACACAUUGAGGGUACUUUGGCGUACCCCUUUCGAAAAUAGUCAUACGAGUGGUCAGAGAGUAUAGUAUGGUUUUAAUCUAUUGAUCACUUUUGUUAAACAACCGGUGUAUGUGUGUGUGUUUUUUUUUCCAUUAAAAUGACGAAAAAAAAUAGUGUAUAUUGCAUUGACGUUUGAAACUUCACAAUGGGAAAGAGAGUGUGACCAUUUUGAUGGUAUGUUCACAUGCAAUCUACCAAAAGGCAAGAUUGGAUGGUUAGUUAUGUACCGGUAAAGAUAUAACUUACUAUAUAUUUUUGUUUUGUUUU